AGCACUUAACAGGAAGAGACUGACUUGUUAUUUCUGACAUCGACUUGCUUCUCUCUUCACAAAAAGCGAAAUAAAAUUGUUAUUCAAGGAAGAACAAAGAGAAACACUUUCAAGAAGAAUUUAAGAAAAGUUUGUUUCUGAAAAGACAGCAGAUCUUUGUAAUUCUUUGGUUAGUUUUUGAAACCAUUCACAAAGUGAAAGUGAAGUUUAAUUUCCUGGAGGUCAAACAGUUAAAAUGGCUUCACUAUCUGAAGAUGAUUUUUCUUGCCCUGUGUGCUGUGAAAUCUUCAAGGAUCCUGUUGUUUUAUCAUGUAGUCACAGUGUCUGUAAAGAGUGUCUUCAACAGUUCUGGAGAACCAAGGAAACUCAGGAGUGUCCCGUCUGCAGGAGAAGAUCCUCAAAACGUCGCCCUCCAUGUAAUCUUGCGUUAAAAAACCUGUGUGAGUCAUUCCUGAAGGAGAGAAAUGAGAGCCGUUCAUCAGGAUCUGAGGAGAUCUGCAGUUUACACAGUGAGAAACUCAAACUCUUCUGUCUGGAGGACAAACAGCUAGUCUGUGUAGAGUGCAGAAAUUCAAAACAACAUGACAAUCACACAUUCUCACCCAUCAGUGAAGCUGUUUCAUCAUACAAGGAGGAGCUCAAUAUAACACUGAAGUCCUUAAAAGAGAAACUUAAACACAAUGAAGACAUUAAUGAAGAGUUUGAGGAAAUGGUUCAACACAUCAAGUCUCAAGCUAAACACACACAGCAUCAGAUUAAACAGCAGUUUGAGAAGCUUCAUCAGUUUCUUAGAGAUGAAGAAGAAGCUACAAUCACUGCACUGAGGGAGGAAGAGGAUCAGAAGAAGCAGAUGAUGAAGGAGAAGCUGGAGGAGAUCAAUAGACACAUCUCAGCUCUUUCACACUCAAUCAAAGACAUGGAGCAGAUGAUGAAAACCAGUGACGUCUGCUUUCUGAAGGAGUUUCCAGUCUCAAUAGAAAGAGUCCAGAUCUCAUCACAGACGGAUCCACAGAUGUCUUCUGGAGCUUUGAUUCAUGUGCCAGGAUACUUAGGAAACCUGCCCUUCAGAGUCUGGAAGAAGAUGCAGGACAUCGUCCAGAACACUCCUGUGAUUCUGGAUCCAAACACUGCAAAUCCCUGGCUCAUCCUGUCUGAUGAUCUGACCAGUGUGACAAACAGCUGGGAUUAUCAAUCACUUCCUGAUAAUCCAGAGAGAUUUGACUAUUAUCCCUGUGUUCUGGGUUCAGAGGGCUUUAACUCAGGAACACACUGCUGGGAUGUGGAGGUUAAACAGAGUUCAGCCUGGUGUCUUGGAGUAACUACAGCACCAAACCAGAGGAAGACACAUGCUUUCUUUAACACUGAUGUUUGGAGUGUGUGGUAUGAUGUGGAUGGAGCACCUGAAUCAUCUAUAAAUGAAUUUCCUGUUAAACAGGAUCUUGAUCGUGUCAGAGUGAAUCUGGACUAUGACAGAGGAACAGUGUCGUUCUCUGAUCCAGUAACUAACACACAUCUACACACAUUCACAACCUCCUUCACUCACACACUCUUUCCAGUCUUCUAUAGUUCUUCAUCUCUGAGGAUCUUAGCAAUAAAUAGUCAGUGAUCAUUAAUCCUGGAUCUUCAUAUUUUCAUCUUUAAUUAUGUUUCAAUAUUUAAUCACAUGAGUAAAAACUGUUGAUUGGAAUAUCAGAUCAGAAAACAAGUAAAUAUAUUAAUCUUUAAAACUGAAAAAUUAUCAAAACACAUGAUGAAGGGUUAAAAUAAAUCAUUUUAAUCAUAUCGGACCAAUAAGAAACGAUGAUGUGUCAUGAAUCUCUGCCAAUAACAACCUAGCAACCACCCAAAAUCCCCUAACAACCAUUCAGGGUACCCUAGCAACUGCAUAGCAACCAUGAAGAAUACUGUCACGAUCUGUGUGUUUGUGUUUGAGAGAGAUGCAGAAGGGGCUCAAAACCAUUCACACUUCAAAACCACUUCAAACUACUUUCAGAGUGUCCAACUUUCUCAAGACAACAUCAAAGUCUACAGACUUCUUCAUUUAGUCACAUACAUGUAUGUCAUAUUUUUUUUUCCUAGUAUUGAAGCACUUAAAGAGAUGAUUCAACAAAUUUGCAGUGUUUGUUGUAAAUUAGUAAUUGUUUAUUUCAGUGAUAGUUUCAGUUAAAUGAUAAUUUGUUCACUGAAGAAAAUGGAUGUUAAAAAGUUAACCAUGAUUUUACUACAAAUAAAACCUAAAUAAAUAAAUAAAUAAACAUGAUUACUAAAGUUAAUUACCAUGGUUAAUUUUUGUAAAAGUAUAUAAAUAUUGAGUAUACUUGCAGCUGAUUAUAAAUCUGUUUCUCAGAUCAAAUGAUUGUUUCUUAGGGACCAAAAUCUCUAACAAAGUCUGAAUCAGUUUCAUAAUAAAUAUUAUUUAUCACUUGUGUAAACAAACAAUGUGUUUAUUUUUGUUCCUCCAAAUAAAUAUUAAAGUAACUGAAUGUAAAAGUCUUGGAGAGGGCAAAGUAUGUUAAGUAUGUUUGUUUGUUUUGACAGUAAGAGUAUCUAGAACCAAAAUCUAGAACUAAAUAUGUGUUCUGUAUAAAAUUAAAAAGAAAAUGCAAGUAUACAAAUCGAGUCUUGGUAUCAUUUAUAAAAAAAUAAAUAAACAAAUAAUAAUAUAAAAAAAACAUAUUUAAUUAAAUAAUUAGUUAUGUAGGGGAGCCCAUGUGAAGCCUUAGUAUUGCUCAGACGGAAAUGCAUUUCUGAUUUAUCCAAAGCACAUUAUGGGAUAGUGACACAGUCGCCCAAGCACCAUCUGACAAACGUCCUGUAGAUAGUGUGACGAUAUGAACUUAAAGAAUAACUAGAAAACUCAGUCAAACAAUUAUGAUUACAGUUCUUCUCGAUUGCUAACACAACUGAUUCAUUUGGCCCAAUUUUCCAAACCAUUCAUACAGUUCUCGAAACAAAGACACAUAUCUCAAAACUUUUAACACAUUUCGCCUGUUUGCACACAUGUUCCAAUUUGCUCAGUGUUUUCUGCAAAACUCUACACAAGGAUGACAUCAUUUUGCACAGGUUUAACCAUGUUCUCAUUUAAAAAACACAAACACACAAUGUAACUACCUCAAGAAUCACAAAAUGAACUCAAACAGCUCACAUUUAUCCAUGUGUGAACAUUCAGUAGCAAAACUGAUGACACCAUUCAGAAUCUUAGAAUAAUAUGAACACGAGCACAGGUUAUUAUGUGUUUUGGAAAAUGAAUUCAGGUAGUGGGAGAUGAAGAGGAAUAGGAGUUGAAAAGAAAAAUAAGGG